UCCGAUGUAUAACAUCUACGUUUUCUUCGACCACCGUUCCAACUGUUCUGUUUCUCCUUGUCUUCGUGGAUCUGUCUCAAAGGCUGCACUCUGAUUCUCUAGAUGUCGACGGCUAUGGCGGAAGACACGAGCUUCGAGGAAGACCAGCUCGCUUCGAUGUCCACUGAAGACAUCGUCAGAGCUUCUCGUCUCCUUGAUAACGAGAACCGCAUCCUCAAGGAAGAGCUGCAAAGGACAAACCUUGAUUUGGAAUCAAUCAAGGAGAAGAUAAAGGAGAACCAGGAGAAGAUUAAGCUCAACAAACAGCUGCCUUACUUGGUUGGCAAUAUCGUCGAGAUUUUGGAGAUGAACCCUGAGGAUGACUCAGAGGAAGAUGGAGCUAAUAUCGAUCUGGACUCACAAAGGAAGGGAAAAUGUGUUGUUUUGAAAACUUCCACUCGUCAGACCAUCUUUCUACCAGUUGUUGGGCUUGUUGAUCCCGACACGUUGAAACCCGGCGACUUGGUUGGGGUUAACAAAGAUAGUUACUUGAUUCUGGAUACUCUGCCAUCCGAGUAUGAUUCCAGAGUAAAAGCAAUGGAGGUUGAUGAAAAACCGACUGAAGACUACAAUGAUAUUGGAGGACUUGAAAAGCAGAUACAAGAACUUGUUGAAGCCAUUGUGCUCCCUAUGACUCAUAAAGAGCGGUUCCAAAAAUUGGGUGUCCGUCCACCCAAAGGAGUUCUCUUAUAUGGUCCUCCCGGGACUGGAAAAACGUUGAUGGCACGAGCCUGUGCAGCGCAGACAAAUGCUACUUUCCUGAAACUGGCAGGGCCACAACUUGUGCAGAUGUUCAUUGGAGACGGUGCAAAACUUGUUCGCGAUGCUUUCCAGCUUGCGAAAGAGAAAUCCCCGUGCAUUAUUUUCAUUGAUGAGAUCGAUGCAAUUGGAACAAAGCGUUUCGAUAGUGAAGUUAGCGGAGACCGUGAAGUGCAGAGGACGAUGUUAGAGCUGCUCAAUCAACUUGAUGGGUUCAGAGAUGAUCGUAUCAAGGUUAUCGCGGCGACCAACCGUGCUGAUAUACUUGACCCUGCUCUCAUGCGGUCUGGUCGUUUGGAUCGUAAAAUCGAGUUUCCACACCCCACCGAAGAUGCAAGAGCCAGGAUUUUGCAGAUCCACUCGAGGAAAAUGAAUGUGCAUCCGGAUGUGAAUUUCGACGAGCUUGCUCGGUCGACUGAGGAUUUCAACGGGGCUCAACUCAAAGCUGUUUGCGUUGAAGCCGGCAUGCUUGCUCUCCGCCGCGAUGCAACCGAGGUAAACCAUGAAGAUUUCAACGAAGGUAUAAUCCAAGUACAAGCCAAGAAAAAGGCAAGCUUGAACUACUACGCUUAGAUAUUUCCCAUCUUCUCCCAUGUCUGAAUCUGUCUCUAAGAAACAAUUUCUUCUUCUGGGUAUCGUUUUUUCAUGUUACAAAUUGUGUUUUUUUUUUACUUAUUGGUGUUGUCGUCACACUUUCUGGUACAUGAAAAUUGUUUAAUUACAAAAGAGAUGAGUUCUUUAUGCCACA